AUGCAAGCAAAACUGGUCCUACUGGGCGACAUGGGCGCGGGGAAGUCGUCGCUCGUGCUGCGGUUCGUGAAGGGUCAAUUCUUCGAGUACCAGUUCCGUGUGUCUUUUCGCUCCGUUACUGUCCGUCGCAUUCUCUUCCGUCUCUUACCCACCCUUAUCAGGCAGGCCACCCUCACCCGCCUUGUUCUAGGGCGUGUCUCGUUCCUACAAUCCCUACCCACCAUCUCACUCCAAUCCUAUCUUUCCGCCCGCCGUGCCCCUCACCGCAGGAGUCCACCAAUCGGCGCGGCGUUCUUGACGCAGACGGUGGCGGUGAGCGACGCGGUGGUCAAGUUCGAGAUCUGGGACACGGCCGGGCAGGAGCGCUACCACAGCCUCGCGCCCAUGUACUACCGCGGGGCCGCGGCCGCCAUUAUCGUCCUACGAUAUUACCAGCACCGUGAGCCGCUGGGCCUGCAUGUCUCCCUUAUGUUGUUCCGUUCUCGUCCAUCAUCAAAUUUCCCAUCAUCCGUUCCUAAAGCUGUACCCGUCCUCUCCCUUGUCCUUGCGCGCCCUGCAUACGCCACCCUCAGGUAA